UCUGAAUCCCCUCUCACUCAGUCACUUGUCUUGUCCCCCCAUACAUCUUGUUCCACUAUCUCUCGCGUCGCGGCGCCACCUUCACUCACCACCUCGUCACCCACACAAAUUCCCAUUAAAAAUAUCUCGCUCUCUGCGUAUCUUAGCGCAUCAUCCGCCGUUUAGCUAGUCUGCGCAUUCGCGUACCUUCAGCGUUGACGACCGGCCGACUCGCCGGAGCUCUCCUCCUCGUCCUCUAUUCUUUAUCCAAUCCAACCAAUCAUCGAUAUUCCCUCCCCUAUAUCUCUCCACAUUCUUCUCGGAUUACUCAAGUCCAAAUUUUUUAAUUUACCCUAUUACUACUACAUUCCCAACCGACUCCCAGCAGCAUCGAAGUUCAGCGACCUCGCUUUUUAAAACCCAGCUAUCAUUUCUCCAAGAACAUUACCCAAAAAAAGAAAACAAACAGGCACACAAAACAAUGGGCAUUGAUUACUACCAUUUAUUGAAAGUACCGAAAAAUGCAAGCGAAGAGGACCUGAAGAAGUCGUAUAAGCGGCUCGCGAUGAAGUGGCAUCCGGAUAAGAACAGCGAGAACAAGAAAGAAGCGGAGGCCAAGUUCAAGACGAUUUCAGAAGCGUAUGAUGUCUUAAGCGAUCCCCAAAAGCGGCAGAUCUAUGACUUGUACGGCGAGGAAGGCCUCAAGUCCGGCCAGUUUUCUACUGCUUCACCUAUUAGUGCUGGUGGCGCUGCUAGUGGGAGAGGAUUUAAGUUUAGCCCUCGGAAUGCGGAUGAUAUUUUUGCUGAGUUUUUCGGUGGAUUCGACGGGAAUUAUGCUGUUAGCGGCGGCAAUGGAGAGCUGAAGAAGGCUGCGCCGAUGGAGAAUAAGCUUCCCUGUAGCUUGGAGGAGCUGUAUAAAGGAUCUAAAAGGAAGAUGCAGAUUUCCAGGAUCGUCCUUGAUGACUACGGCAAGCCUGUGACCGUGGAAGAGGUGUUGUCAAUACAUAUUAAACCAGGUUGGAAGAAGGGUACAAAGAUUACAUUCCCUGAGAAAGGGAACUACGAACUUGGUCGUGCUCCUGGGGAUCUGAUAUUUGUAGUUGAUGAAAAACCUCAUGCUGUUUUCAAGAGGGAUGGCAAUGAUCUUGUCAUGAAUCAGAGGAUUUCCUUGCUGGACGCUCUCACUGGGAAGACUCUCAGCUUGACAGCCUUGGAUGGGAGAGAGCUGAGCAUCCCAGUCAAAGAUAUUGUCAAACCUGGCCAUGAGCUGAGGAUCCCAAAUGAAGGGAUGCCCAUAUCAAAAGAACCUGGUAAGAAAGGAAAUUUGAGGAUUAAGUUUGAUAUAAAAUUCCCAUCCAGGCUCAGCUCAGAACAAAAAUCUGAACUGCGGAGGGUACUUGGGAGGACUGCUGAUUAGUCCAAAAUGAAGCACUGAAGAAUAUAGCUAACCAGUUAUAGUGGAAAUGCACCUGGAUGUAAAUACAUCGUAACUUUGCUUGGACUGGUAGGAAACACUGUGCAUAAUAGGAGUAUAGUUUAAUUCGGUCGCGUGCAAUAUAUUUGAGUUGUGUCUGGCCCCAAGUGUAGCAUAUUGAGCUGGUGUUCUAGUGAUCGAUGUUAAUUUUGAUGUUCAAUGUUCAAAUCUGUGGAAUAGAAACCGAAUAAUGGUAUAUUGGAUUUGGUGGAGGUUGUCAACCUCGUAUUUUGUUGGCAUAAAUAUCUUGAUCCAGUUGUGUGAAAACUUGUGUUGACUUGGUUUCUGGGAUAUCUAUCAUCUGUGUUUCAUAGG